AUGUGUGAACGUGACGAUUGUAUGAGUAUAUCGAAUCGACGGGCGGGACAAACGAUAAUUUGUGCAUAUUUGACAGAAUUACAGCCACCGAUUCUUAGGGAUCAUACUGGUACCCACAUGCUGAAAUGUGCCCUUCCAACGGGUUCAAACGGAGAAAAAGGGGAUUUAUAUCUGUUUCAUUUGAUCUAUGAACAAGAACUCCCUCGAUGUACUCGAAUCACUCCAAUUCCAUCAGUUUUGUAUCCAGUUUAUCGGAAAAUUCUCGAAGAAUAUCGACAACAGAGAAUGGAAGCGUUGAGGACCGGGAAAUAG